AUGGAGACAAAGUUUAAUGCAGCACUGAAACGUUGUGGACAAUGUACGACAUACCAGGAAUUGUGUGAUUGCUUUGAUGCAACUGUACGUCCACUAUUAGAGGGAUUACUUCGUACGGCAUUGGUGAAGCCAGUUCGAGAUCAUGUGAGUCCGGCAGAGUGUAGCCCGCAAGUGUCGCAACUGCGUGAGAUGUUGGAAAACAUGAAUGCUGGAGAUGACCUGUGGUUCUUUUUAUACCGCGCUGCCGCUACUUUUUUAGAGCGUUCUGCAAAGAAACGCACACGUGAUGGCAAUGUAGACAUGUCUACAUUUGUUGUAAACGUAUUUGUACUCUUUUACGGUCAUGUGCCACCAAAGCUGUCAAGUCUCCAUUUACAGUGGGGAUUCCUACGCAAGGAGAAGUCACAAUAUGAGUCGAGUGAGUCUUAUGUCCACUCUAAUGCAGCGGAGCGACGAAAGGCGUUAAUGACAUCUGUUCUCUCUGUAUUUUCUGAACGUGCCCAUCGUCAUUACUUUACUGGAUUGUGGAUGCCAUGUUUACAUCACGCCGCAGCUGCCUCAUUACAUUUACAUUUGCUACAUCGUAUGGGUGAUGUCAUUCUUCCAUACUUGACAAACCCACUUGUGGUUGCGGAUUACUUGAGUGGUUGUUUCGCUAGCGGAGGUCUUGUUGCCGUACUCGCACUUCAUGGUAUUUUUCUUCUUGUGCUUGAUCACGGUCUAGAGUACCCUCAAUAUUACCAACAGUUAUACACGCUUCUUACUCCAGACGCCUUUUCCUCUCGUCACCGCUACGAUUUGUUCCGUCUCCUUGAUUUGUCUUUGAGUUCUAUUCGUGUGCCGUCGUAUGUAGCGGCAGCCUUCAUAAAAAAAGUUGCCCGUGUUGCAAUGUUGUCACCCUCACCUGUUCUGUACUUUGUGCUUCCAUUUAUCCGUAAGGUUCUUCAACGACACCCUAACUGCUUGGCGUUGAUUCACCGCUCCACAAAGGAGGCCGUGAUACCAGAGGAUGACAAGGAUACCGUGAAGGGAACAGCAGGAGUUAGUGAAGAUGCAAAGAAGGAGGCAUUGCGAUUAACAGCAACACUCUUUGAUGGAAAUGAUCCAUUUUUACCAGAUGAGAGUCUUGAGCGGUGUCAUGCACUGCACAGCACACUGUGGGAACUCACCGCACUGGAGCGGCACUUCAUCCCUACAGUGCCGUUAAUGGUCUCAGCCUUUGCAAGUACUGCGGAAGAUCAGGCACCACUGCGCUUUGAGAAAACAUACGCACGUCUAUUCACUGCAGAGGUAACACGGCCCAUGUCAAACGCACAACUGCCAACUGUUGCCUACCGCGAACCAGAGGAAGACUCCACCGACGCUAUACUCCUUGUCUGA